UCCUCUAAAGAAAGGAAAAAAAAAAAAAAAAAAAAGAGUUUGUUACUCACCAUGAUUUCUUUAAGAGAUGUUUAUCAUGUUGUUACAGCCACUGUCCCUUUAUAUGUUGCCAUGAUUUUAGCUUAUGUUUCUGUUAGAUGGUGGAAAAUCUUCACCCCAGAUCAAUGUUCCGGCAUAAACAAGUUUGUUGCGAAAUUCUCAAUCCCUCUAUUGUCUUUCCAAAUCCUGUCUGACAACAAUCCUUACAAGAUGAACCUGAGGCUCAUACUCUCAGACUUUCUUCAGAAGCUGCUUGCCUUUGUAGCAUUGACAGUGAUGACUAGAUUCACCUCCAAAGGAGGCUUGGAUUUCGUCAUAACCGGUCUCUCCGUCUCGAUUCUUCCCAACACAUUGAUCCUGGGAAUUCCUCUGUUGAAGGCCAUGUAUGGUGAACAAGCUGCUGUGCUCCUUUCUCAGAUAGUUGUCUUACAAAGCUUAAUCUGGUACAAUUUGUUACUGUUUCUUUAUGAGUUCAACGCCGCCAAGUCUGCCGCCUCUGUCUCGCCCUCAUCGGAAGCCACAGAGGACAUGGAGGCCCCUCAGGAGUCACAGCCCAAAGAGGAAGUAGAGGAAGCAAGAAACAGAUCAUCAAGUCCAAGGAAAAUCAAAACAAUGCUCAUUCUCUUAACUGUUGGAAGGAAGCUUAUAGGAAAUCCCAACACCCAUGCAACUAUCAUUGGCCUUGUUUGGGCAUGCAUAAAAUUUAGAUGGAAAGUGGAGUUGCCAGCAAUUGUUGACCAAUCAAUUACAGUACUCUCAAGUGGAGGACUUGGCAUGGCAAUGUUCAGCUUAGGUCUUUUCAUGGCUUCACGGAGUAGCAUAAUAGCAUGUGGGACCCGGAUGGGGGUUUUGGCCAUGGGACUGAAGUUCAUUGGGGGACCUUUCCUAAUGGCAGCUGCCUCGCUUGCCAUUGGACUAAGGGGGACUCAACUCAGAGUGGCAAUUGUUCAGGCAGCUCUUCCUCAGGGAAUUGUUCCUUUUGUCUUUGCUAAAGAGUACAACAUAUAUCCAGACAUUUUGAGCACUGGGGUUAUUUUUGGCAUGCUAAUUGCCUUGCCCAUAGCAUUGGUCUACUUCUUCAUGUUAGCACUGUAAAAUGUUUACCCCAGUUGAGCAACAUAACACUAGGACCAGAAGAGAAUUUUCUGCAACAUAAUUGGAGGACCAGAAACAUGGUCAGAUUGUUGUAGUAGAUGGACUUGGGAGUCUCAUUCAAUUUAUUCAUUUCUUUUGAGAUGAUGUAAUAUGAC